AUGAGGGAGGACGAAGAGGGAGCAAUGCGCUCGUUUGGGCUUUCGACGGACGAGCAAGGAGCACGAUCGACUCCUUCCUUCGACCUCGAACGCGAGAUGAGCUUCCGGACCUCCUCACUCGACUUCAAUUCUCUCCCUCCUCAUCCUCGACUCGACCUCUCGACUGAAGAAGAAGAACGUUUAGCGGACGAAUGGGGCUUAUCGGAAGUGAUGUCGAACGUCGGAUCUGAGGACGCACUGCGGGUGGAAUUGGCGGGAGGAGCGGCGUUGGCGAGGUUUCCCAGCACGACGCGAAGCGAGGCUGGGAUCCUCACUACUGUUCAGCGGGCGCCGCAGAAGGACGCGGAACAAGAGGAGGACGUCGAGGUGCUCGAGACCAAGUCGAUGCCGGACCUUGACAGGCCAAGGACGAUCUCCUUCGCGGAUGCCGUCCUUGAAGGACUCGAGCAGCGGUUGCGCAAUGCGCCUCCGCCUCGGGCUUCGUCUACUACGAGCGGAGAUGAGACGAGUUCGACCGGCACGCGGGUGAAGAUUCUCGAGCGGACGGCGACGCAGCGCAUGAGAGCGCGAACGACGAGUCUCGGUCCACACGCAGGGAUGGCCUCCCUCCCGAGCUUGUCGAACCUCGCAGGCGACGGAUCCGUCGGUGAUAUCUCCAGCGGAAGGGGCGGAAUCGCUACGCGCGACUCGCUCUUCCAGCGCCCGACAUCAGUCUACACGACCCGCGCCAGCUCCAUCGAUGCGCUCAACCCCACUUCCGCCGCUGCUCGUCCCUCGAUCGACGCCCUCUCACUCGUCCCUUCACGCCUCUCUUUCGCCCUUCCCUCCGACCCUCCCUCCGCCGCACCCGACCCUCCUCGCCCUUCAACGUCCCUCUCAACCUACACAUCCCGCUUCGACCCGCUCGUCAUAGCCGCCCAUCGCGCGCAACUCGCGAAGGACCGACCAAAGUUCUCGAAUGAAGAGGCUGGGAGGCCGCCGAGGGUGGUGGUUAUGCCGGCGCCAUUGGCGGGGAGGGCGCGGAGUCCGCCUGGGAGGAAGGGGUGGAGGGAGGGACCUGAUUCGGGGUCGGAGUCGGAUGACGCGGAGGCGGAGGAAGAGCAGGAGGAGGAGGAAGAGGAAGUACCGGAGGGCCUGAAGGACCCCCUCCAUCCUGCCGGCGCCCUCUACGGCCGAUCGCUGAUGGACGUCAUAGCCGAACGGAAGGCGAUCCUCAAGGCUCAGCAGCGGGCGUACGUCCCUGGGUCGGACGGGCGGAAGAGUAUGUUUGAGUGGAAGGACGGGCCUGUAACCGGGCGGCAGGAGGAGGAGGUAGAGAACGUCCCUCUUGCGCUCGUACCAGGUGGCCAAGCUGCCCUCGCAGCAGCAGCGGCGAAGAACCAGGCUCGAGCGACGAAAGUCAAGUCGAUUUUCGGGCCGGACCUCGUUUAUCAGCGCGAGUUGGCACAGAUGCGGGAGUUGGAGGAGGCUGAGCGGGCGGAGAGGGAGGAGAGGGAAAGGGUGGAGGAGGAGAGGAGGCUUAGGGAGGAGGCGAGGAGGAGGAAGGGGAAGUUGCGGAAGGGUGGGAGGGGAAAGAAGGGCGAGCAGGCGGUGCGGGAGGCAGCUCCGCGUGUGCAGGACGCGGUCGAGUGGCAGCCGGAGACGGAUGUUGCGGAGGAGGAACCGGUCGAGGUCGCAGCUCCCGCAGACGCUCCUGUCAUGCGUCAUGUGCCGCCCGUCGAACCGCCUGCUUCCCGCCAAAUCGUGGCGCCGUCCAUCUCCGUGCCCUUCGACGUCUCGCAGGCCGCAAGUCCCUCCGACUGGUUCGAAGAAGUCCUUGCCGACCCUUCAGCGACGAAGGAGACGGGUGACGCAGCAUCAGACGAAGACGACGAGGACCUGUACAAGCCGCGCCCCGUCAGCUCGCUCGCCUCGUAUCGUCGAUCCAGCAGGGCAGCAGCUUUCAACACUCGCCGCAACACCUUCCUUCCCUCCGACUCGUCCUCUUCCGAUGCAGACUCGGAUGACCUCGAGAACUUCGCCUCGCCCGUCGACCCAGUGCCUUCCGGCGCGAAUGGCGAUCAGCGCCACCUCCCCUUCCCUGGCGAGCCUAGCUCGAACGGCCACGACUCUGUCUCGCAGGCCGAGACGCAGGACGAUGUCCCGCUCGGCGUGCGGUACUCGCGGCAGGCGAUGGCGCUGCCACAGAUCCAGUCGACCGGUCUCGAAGAUCUCUCACACCUGAUACCGCAGGAGGAACAUCGGGCAGGAGCGGAGGAGGCGGAAGACGAAGACGACGCACCUCUCGGCGCUCGCUUCUCCCGAGCGAUGCCUCCGACGGACGAUGGCGACGAUAUCCCGCUCGUCCUCCGACGCAUCGCCCUUGCCCCAUCCGCCGCCUUCGCACCUCGACCACCACCGCAGCCUUUCGCUAGCAUCCGUCCUAUCGGCGACGACGGCAAGACCGUCGCGAGCGACGAUUCGGACGACUUGCCGCUCGGCCUCAAGACUGCUCCUACGGCUCCAUUUGCUCAUCAGCCGGCACCUUACUCGUUCCCUCCAACCAUGCCCUACGGCGCGUCCGGCGCGCCUUUCCCUUACUCGACCUCGCAAUUAUCCCCGCCGCCUCUCGCUCCCACCUUCGCACCCGCCAUCGCCCUGCCUCUCCCGCCAAACCCGCACGCGCAGCUCGCUCUCGCACAGAUGCAGAUGCAGGCGGCGAUGCAGCAGCAGGCUGUGCUCGCGGAAGGUGGCUUAAUUGAGCGCUGGAGGCGAGAGAUAUCGGGGUGA